UGGCACCUGAGACGUUGUUCGCCUUUAACUUGGAUCAGCUGAUGGACACCAUGGCCAUCUGACUCAAUGCACGCAAGGCCUGGGACGUCGAAUCCUUUACAAUCAAUAUGAUGACCACGUGCCCCGAGAGCGGCAAAGAUCCCGGGGGAUGGCAUAUGCGAUUGAGCAACUCGGCCCUGACCGGCCGUGCGCUUCCAUAUUCAGCGCCUGGAAAUCCGUCGCCUAUCUCAGCUGAUCUGACCAUCUACGUCACCCGCACGCAGCUUAACGAGCUCGUGAGUAGCGUGCGGAAGUCUCUCGAAGGUCUCGAAACCACUGGCGAUCGUGAGGUUUGGCAGCAGCUAAGACAGUUGCUGACCACGCCUAACUCAUCGUUCAAUAUCGUGACACCUCUCGAGUAUGAUUCUGACUCGGAUCAGUAAAGUAUCAUCUGAGAAUAGUAUCUGUCAAUUGCCCUCAACCUGUCAUAUAGUAAUAUCUUUGGUUGGGUUGUCUUUAUUCUCAAAGAUGGGACGGAAUUAAAACCAACUGCUUUUCUCCAUUCUGUUUGGACUUAAAGAAAGCAAUCCCUACAAACACUCUCAACAUCAACCCCACAGAUCCGGAUUAUCUGUACUGUCUCCUUUUGG